AUGAAGCCCACGAGCAGUCAACUGCAGCAGGUCCAUCUCGGCGUUUCUGCCAGCGGGUAUGAGCCUGUGACAUCCUACCAAGGCGACCCAUCCAUCCACACGGAAGAACAUGAACGUUUGCAAGCCAGAAUCCUGGACCUCUGCGAAUCCCGGCUAUGGUAUCGAGGCUCGCACGAGGCAUCAUGUCCUCGACCCAUCCUGAUCACACAGCAACACCAGGCUCAGCUGCAGCAGUUACACCGGGCCUUGACUGCCGCCAUAGUUGAUAUCGUGACGCGAUGGUGGACGGAUGCGGAUGCUCGAUUUCCUCAGCGGAUGCCGUUGAGAAGGGAAGAAGAGGAGCUUUUGAAGUGGCUCGAUCGUCAUCUUCCACCCGACAGGGCAAACUAUGCAGGCUGCUCCGGGUCCUGGAGACCGGACUUCUUAGUCGAAGGUCCCGGGAGCGAGUCGGAACCGAUCGAAACCUUCCGCAUCACAGAGAUCAAUGCUCGCUUUUCGUUCAACGGAUUCAUGUAUGCGGCAUACGGACAGGAGGCGUUGAGGAAUCUCUGUGAUGAUCCCGGCCUCGUCCCGGCAACUGAUCCAGUGAAAAUUCUCAGCGGACUGCUCAGUUUGUUCCAGCUGAAUCUGCCAUUACAUUUGCUCAAGAACGAGGAGCCUGGCAUGGACAUUCACAUGUUCAUUGACUUUGCGAAGCGACACCUCAAGAUGACGCCGCGGCUCAUCACCCCAGCAGAUCUGAGGCUACUUCCUGAUUCGCAAGCCCCUGGGGGGUAUAAGCUGUGUUGUGUGGUGUCGGAUCACGAAAAGGCCUCACUCCGGCAUGGCUUAUCCUUCAUCACAUCCGAGCAAGGGGAGAAACUCGAAAUCUUUCAGGUCGGACUGGAGCUCCACCAGCAUGAGCUUUUCGCGCUGGAUCCCGACAUGCUGCGUCAGAUUAGCUUACGAUGUUUCAAUGAUAUCCGCACCAUCCUGCUCGUGCACGAUAAGCGCAUGCUGGGUAUCAUCAAGCAGGAAAUCCCCCUUCUCGUGGCACGACAGGUGCUGCGGCCCGAAGAUGGUGAGGCACUGCGACGGGGCAUCGCGGACACCAUCAUCCCUGGCUCUCCAGAGCUGGAUGAGCUUAUUGGUUCCUCGGCGCUCUCGCCAACCCUACGAAAGGAGUAUCUGUGGAAGCCAAUCCGAGGAGGCAAAGGGGCGGGGAUUGUGUUUGGCGACGAAAUCGAUCCCGAGGAGUGGCUGGCGACGCUGGAGCGCCUCCGUUGCCCCCAGCUCGACAGCACACGCACCACGUACGUGAUCCAGCGGCGCAUUUGGCCCGCCCUUUACGAGGUCAUCCUGACUGCGUCUGGAGAGCGAGGGCAGUACCCUCUGGAACACGGCAUCGUCAAGUUCAGCUUGCAGUUUCUGGACCACCAAAGCCGGUAUCUCGAGACCCUGAUCUUCAGCCUGUGUGCGCACCAUGGGCAUGGCCCUCCAGUCGCCCAUAGUGCCUCUCGAGGCUGGUUCUGGGAUGUUCGCCCGAGUCCAGUCACAUCAUCGACGCCAGAGUAUCGUGCUCGAUCCGAGACCAUGCAGAAUUUCCCAUGGCACACCGACUGUAGCUACGAGACUGCGCCCCCACAGUACUUUGCCCUGCAAGUUCUGCAGCCUGAUCGCCACGGCGGGGGAACUCUCUCCAUCAUGAGCAUCGCACAGCUCGCUGGCUUGCUCUCCCCUGCCACGCAGGCCGUUCUUCAACAACGCGAGUAUCAAAUUACGAUCCCGUCCGAGUUUGUGAAACAUCCCCACCAAACACAUGUCCUGGAGAGCAUUCUGGGUGUUCAUGCAGGUGACAAGCCCCCCGCCAUCCGGUUUCGCGAGGACAUCAUCGUCCCCCUUAGCCCCAGGGCGGCGGCCGCUAUGAGUAAGUUGAAGCAAGCAUUGCAUGCGUUGGAGAAUUCUCCCCAGUCGAUCCUACGUCUGACGGCGGCAGACUUGCCCGAGGGGUCGAUCAUCCUGCUGGAUAAUCAUCGGUGGCUUCACGCCCGGGAUGACAUCAAAGACCCUGCAAGGCACCUGCGUCGCGUGCGGUGGAAUUCAGUGCCUUUCCCCACCGCAGCUGGUGUGGCUGGCUGAGCCGCCAAGGGCUUGAGGAGGGGUCAGAAAGUGUUGCUGUUGGCAAGGUUGCCUUGAUUUGUAAUGCAUGGAUGACAUUGCUUCUGCUCUUCAUGUCGCUUAUGAUCUGGUCAUCAUAGUUCUCGUAUUCAUAUUAGGAAAGGAAAUCCG